AGACUCAAUUCACACCUUUCAAGUCAAUUUUCUCGAGUAACCCACUGUUGGCAUGGGGACGGGACAGCUAGCGAGGGAGGUAAUCGUCUCUUUCCUUUUCACAAAGCUUACAAAAUUAUACUCCCCUCAAUUUUCCUAAGGCCAAAAAAGUCCUUUGGCGCCAAUUCUCCUUUCUCUCUUUCCGUCCCUUCUCCCACUUCGUCCCUAUAUAGCUGUUGGAAAUGCAGCGGCAGAAAUCUAUACUAUCGUUUCUCAAGAAACCUUCGCCGGAGGACCAAAGCUCCAACUAUAACACAGUCAAUGGCGGGAAAUUUCAAAGUAAAAAUACAGUUGCUGUUGCAAAAAAUAUUCCGAUUUGUUCCACCAUAGACCUUAAGGAAGAAAUUUUGGGAACUGAAACUCUUCCUGAGAAGGUGCCGCGUCAGAUUUUUCCGUUCAACGAUGGCCAUGAUGGAAACAAGUCUUCUGUUUUCUCCUCUAUUAGGCACAAGUUUUUCAAAGUCGAUAGUAGAGAAAAACCACGGGAUCUGGCUAAAUAUGAUCCUUUUAAGAUCUCCGCUGUUUGUACAAAAAAUGAAGGAUCAGAGGGUAAAGAAUUAGUAUCUCCUAUACCAAGUGAUGAUCAUGGUUUUGGGCCAGAAACACCAAGUAUGCAACCUUCUGUACCUGGAUUAAAGCGAGUCCAAGACAACAUUUGUUCAGGGGAUAAGAGUGAUUGGUUUUCAUUGAACGUAAACAAGAGGAUCAAAAGUCUUGAUGGGUUGAAUUUUGAAAGGAAGAACCUUGAGGAGGAGUUUGAAAUGACUAGCAAGUUUGAGUGGCUUCAUCCAUCUCAAAUUAAGGAUGCAAACGGUAGAAAGCCAGGGGACCCACUCUAUGAUAAGCAAACACUAUAUAUUCCUCCUGAUGCAUUGAGAAAAAUGUCCGCUUCUCAGAAGCAGUAUUGGGAUGUCAAAUGUAAAUAUAUGGACAUUGUACUUUUCUUUAAAGUGGGAAAAUUUUAUGAGCUUUAUGAGCUAGAUGCUGAAAUUGGUCACAAGGAGCUUGAUUGGAAAAUGACACUAAGUGGCGUGGGAAAAUGUCGACAGGUUGGUAUAUCUGAAAGUGGAAUUGAUGAAGCUGUCCAGAAGCUCCUAGCGCGAGGGUACAAAGUUGGACGGAUGGAACAGUUGGAAACAUCUGAGCAAGCAAAAUCUAGAGGCUCUACUUCUGUUAUUCGUAGAAAACUGGUUCACGUACUCACCCCUUCUACAACAAGUGAGGGUAAUUUUGGGCCUGAUGCAGUUCAUCUUCUUGCCGUUAAGGAGACUUGCAAUGAGCGGGAGAAUGGUUCAACCAUUAUUGGGUUUGCUUUUGUCGAUUGUGCUGCUCUGAAAGUUUGGGUUGGUUCCAUCGAUGAUGAUGCAUCUUGUGCUGCUUUGGGGGCUUUGUUGAUGCAAGUGUCACCGAAGGAAGUUAUAUACAAUGCUAGGGGUUUGUCAAAGGAUUCUCAGAAAGCUCUGAAAAAAUAUUCAUCAACAGGUCCUGCAGCACCACUCCUCUCUCCAGUUCAGCCAGGUGCUGAUUUUUUUGAUCCUGCAGAAGUGAAAAAUUUGCUAGACUCAAAACGUUACUUCAAAGGAUUUUGUAAUAAGUGUGAUCACACCUCUGAUGUGGCCAACCAUGAUGUUGCUUUAUGUGCUCUUGGGUGUCUUGUUAAUCAUUUAGAGCGAUUGAUGUUAGAUGAGGUCUUACGUAAAAGUGAUGUUCUAUCAUAUGAAGUCUAUAGGGGUUGCCUCAAAAUGGACGGACAAACACUUGGCAAUCUUGAAAUCUUCAACAAUAAUUCCGAUGGGAGUCAAUCAGGUACUUUGUACAUGUAUCUUGACAACUGUGUUACAUCACCUGGGAAGCGGCUUUUAAGAAAAUGGAUUUGUCAUCCCCUCAAAGAUAUAGGGAAAAUCAACCAUAGGCUUGAUGUGGUUGACAGACUUGUUGAAAAUUCAGAUGCUACAUUAUCCACAGCUCAAUAUCUUCACAAGCUUCCAGAUUUGGAUAGGCUGCUUGGACGGGUUAAGGCUAGCAUUCAAUCUUCUGAAGCACUGCUUCUGCCCUUGAUUGGUGCCAAAAUAUUGAAGCAGCGAGUCAAAGUGUUUGGAUUGCUCGUUAAAGGUCUACGGAUUGGGCUGGAUUUGUUAAUGUUAUUGCAGAAGGAAGGUCUGACCUCUUCCUUAGCUAAAGUUGUAUCCUUGCCUGUUCUAGAUGGUAACAAUGGACUUGAUAAAUUCCUCACCCAAUUUGAAGCAGCAAUUGAUAGUGACUUUCCCAAUUUUCAGGACCAUAAUGCUACUGAUUUUGAUGCUGAAACUCUAUCCAUUUUGAUGGAGUUAUUUAUCGAAAAGGCUACUGAAUGGUCUCAAGUCAUUUAUGCUAUAAGUUGUAUUGAUGUGUUAAGAUCAUUUUCCGUUACUGCAAAAUUUUCUUCUGGAAUCAUGUGUAGACCAGUGAUCUUGCCUCUUUCAAAGCCAACAAAUUUCUGCAAAGAGAUUGGUGGACCAACACUAAACAUCAAAGGGUUGUGGCAUCCAUAUGCUCUUGGUGAAAGUGGGGGACUUCCUGUUCCUAACGAUCUCCAUCUUGGUGGGAAUAUGAAUAUCCGUUAUCCUCAUACUUUACUGUUGACUGGACCAAAUAUGGGUGGAAAGUCAACUCUUUUACGUGCCACUUGUCUGGCCGUCAUAAUGGCACAGUUGGGUUGCUAUGUGCCUGGAGAGACAUGUGUGCUUUCACUUGUGGACAUCAUCUUUACACGUCUUGGAGCCACUGAUCGAAUCAUGACUGGUGAAAGUGCCUUCUUUAUUGAGUGCACGGAGACUGCAUCAGUUCUUCAAAAUGCUACUCAUAAUUCCCUUGUUCUUUUGGAUGAAUUGGGUAGAGGAACAAGCACUUUUGAUGGAUACGCUAUUGCAUAUGCUGUAUUCCGAUACCUUGUAGAGAUGGUGAACUGCCGCUUACUGUUUGCCACGCAUUAUCAUCCACUCACUAAAGAGUUUGCUUCUCAUCCUCACGUGACAUUACAACACAUGGCCUGCUCUUUCAAGUUGAAAUCUCAAAGUUCAUCUCCAACAGGGCAAGAGCUGGUAUUCCUUUACCGCCUAGCCUCUGGAGCAUGCCCGGAGAGCUAUGGGAUUCAAGUUGCUCUCAUGGCUGGAAUUCCCAGAACUGUGGUUGAAUCUGCAUCGAGUGCAGGGCAAGUAAUGAAGAAAAUGAAUGGAGAAAGUUUUAGGUCAUGCGAAAAAAGAGCCAACUUUUCAACACUGCAUGAGGAAUGGUUCAAGACUCUUCUUGAAAUCUUGAAGACAGAUGGUGGAUUUAACAAUGACAAUGAUCUAUUUGAUGCAUUGUUUUGUUUGUGGCAUGAACUUACCGCUGAUAGAUCCACUUAGCAUUAUGCUGUGAACAGACUGAAUAGUAAAAUGUUUUUACUUUAAAAGAAUAGGGUACAUGUAGCUAUGUGCGACUAGGGUCUCUUAAGGGAAAUUUAUCCUUGGUAGGGUCUCUUGAGGGAAAUUUAUCCUUUGUUAUAUUAUUUGGCUUAUUUUACUCUCGACGUGAAACUCUUAACAAAUAUACCACAAAAUUAACUAUUUCCUCCCAA